UUGCCCUUCAAUCCCACAUCUCAGAACAGAAACCCCCAACCAUUUUUCUUCACUGCACAUUCUAGUAAAAUCGGGACAUGGCUUGGAUUACACGGUUCUCCACGGCGGUGGCUUUCUUAUCCGUCGGAGUGCUAUUCUCGCCGGAGGCCUUUGGAUCUAAUUCCGACGGCUCAAUUUCACCCCUCCUCUCUACUUCCAUCAAGCUAGCUCAUCUCCUCUGCUUCGCAACCGCAUGGGGUGUCUCCCUCUGGGUCAUUUUCAUCGGCGGUACCAUCAUGUUCAAACAUCUGCCGAGGCAUCAAUUUGGUAAUCUACAAAGCAAGAUGUUCCCGGCUUAUUUCUCGUUGGUUGGCGUUUGUUGUGCCAUAGCGGCGGCUGCGUUUGGUUACACGCAUCCGUGGAAGUCGGCCACCACUGCGGAGAAGUACCAGCUUGGCUUUUUAGUCUCUGCUUUUUCUUUUAGUCUCAUAAAUUUGUUCGUUUUUACUCCCAUGACCCUUGAGAUGAUGAAGCUGAGACACCAAGUGGAGAGAGAACAGAAUAUUGGUGAUGAAGUGGGAGGAUCAAAGAAUGAGGAAGCUGCCAAGACUAAUCCAAGGCUUGCAGCCGUGAACAAGAGAUUCGGAAUGAUUCAUGGCUUAUCUUCGCUUGCCAACCUUAUGUCCUUUGGCUGUGUGGCUAUGCACUCAUGGUACUUAGCCGGUAAGCUCAAUCUGUAGCCUGCAUUUCAUUUCCACAUGGCAUGGAAAAUCCCACUU